CCGGGCGCGGGGUUGGCUCAGGAGCGCGGUGAUGCAGUUCCUGCUGCAGCUCCCGAGGCAGUUCCUGCCGGGGCAGCGCCGGGCGGACAUGGCGAGCGAGGUGCUGGGGCGGACGGCGGCGAUGGCGCUCGAAGAGCUGUACGUGUCUGAACGGGAGGGCAAUGACUCCACUGGGGAUGGGACGCAGAAGAAACCAUUCAAGACCGUGUUAAAGGCAUUGAUGACAGCAGGAAAAGAGCCAUUUCCUACGAUUUAUGUGGAUUCCCAAAAAGAAAACGAGAGAUGGGCCAUCAUUUCCAAGUCACAGAUGAAGAAUGUCAAAAAGCUGUGGCACAGGGAGCAGAUGAAGAAUGAAGCCAAGGAGAAGAAGGAGGCAGAAGAUCUCUUGAGAAGAGAGAAGAACCUGGAGGAAGCCAAGAAGGUUGUUAUCAAGAAUGAUCCCAGCCUUCCAGAGCCCAAAUGUGUGAAGAUCAGUGCUCUGGAGGCUUACAGAGGGCAGAGAGUGAAGAUUUUUGGCUGGAUUCACAGGUUACGGAGGCAAGGGAAAAACCUGAUGUUCAUUGUCCUGAGGGAUGGCACAGGGUUCCUCCAGUGCGUCCUUUCCGAUGAGCUGUGCCAGUGUUACAACGGGCUGGUGCUGUCCACGGAGAGCAGCGUGGCGGUGUACGGCACGCUCAACCUCCUCCCCGAAGGCAAGCAGGCUCCGGGAGGCCACGAGCUGAGCUGUGAUUACUGGGAGCUCAUCGGCCUGGCCCCGGCGGGAGGGGCUGACAACCUGCUCAACGAGGACUCGGAGGUGGAUGUGCAGCUCAACAACAGGCACAUGAUGAUCCGAGGGGAGAACAUGUCCAAAAUCUUCAAGGUGCGCUCCGUGGUCGUGCAGGCCUUCCGGGAUCACUUCUUUGCCAAUGGGUACUAUGAAGUCACACCGCCGACCUUGGUGCAGACGCAGGUGGAGGGAGGCUCCACCCUGUUCAAGCUGGAUUACUUUGGGGAAGAGGCCUAUCUGACCCAGUCCUCCCAGCUCUACCUGGAGACCUGCGUGCCAGCCCUGGGGGACGUCUUCUGCGUGGCUCAGUCGUACCGGGCCGAGCAGUCCAGGACCCGCCGGCACCUGGCAGAGUACACUCACAUCGAAGCUGAAUGCCCUUUCAUAACUUUUGAGGAUUUGCUGGACCGCCUGGAGGACUUGGUGUGUGAUGUCGUGGACAGAGUCUUGAAAUCACCCGCGGCGGGUCUCGUGUACGACCUCAACCCGGGCUUCCAGCCCCCCAAACGUCCCUUCCGACGCAUGGACUACGCCGAGGCCAUCGAGUGGCUGAAGGAACACGAUGUGAAGAAGGAAGAUGGCACUUACUAUGAGUUUGGGGAGGACAUCCCGGAAGCCCCCGAGCGGCUGAUGACAGACACCAUCAACGAGCCCAUCCUGCUGUGCCGCUUCCCGGCCGAGAUCAAGUCCUUCUACAUGCAGCGCUGCCAGGACGACCGGCGCCUCACCGAGUCUGUGGACGUGCUGAUGCCCAACGUGGGGGAGAUCGUGGGGGGCUCCAUGCGCACCUGGGACAGCGAGGAGCUGCUCGAAGGCUACAAGAGGGAGGGCAUCGAUCCCACGCCGUACUACUGGUACACGGAUCAGAGGAAAUACGGUACGUGCCCUCACGGGGGAUACGGUUUGGGACUGGAGCGGUUCCUGACCUGGAUCCUGAACAGACACCACAUCCGAGAUGUCUGUCUCUACCCACGCUUCGUCCAGCGCUGCAAACCUUAGCCAGCCUUGGGAAAAAACUCCUGGGAAAACUGAGCAGCUGCUGCUUGGGAAGGAACGAUACACUCUGCUGUACUGCAGCCUGUCUGAGAACAACACCUCUUGCGACCUGUUGCUAAUUCAAAUACCAGUUUAGGAUGUGAAAUGGAAAAGAAACAACCCUCUUUUUCUAAAGAAAAAUGCUACUAAUUAACUGGAAGGAGCCUUAGAAAAAUUGUUGAGGUGCAUCUAUGCUCUUGAGGCAACACAAAACAAAGAUCCUGAUAAGUUGGCGUUUAAAACCCAAGACAUGCUUCUGCUUUUAAUUUCUGUGACUUAAAAUUUCUGGGCAUUUGCUGAUUUUGUUUUUAGAUUUGCUUUCAUUUUAACCUCUUUUCUCCCGGGGUUUCUUGCUGGGGAAGUCAGGAGUUCAGGUUCUUGAAGUUCCCUCUGAGAAUGGGAAUGGGACUGAUUCUGUUGAGCACUGUUUUAGUUCCUGCUGAUUUUCCUGGGGGUUCUCUGAGUUGAUUCAGUAGCAAGGUGUGUAGUACAGUGCCCAGAAUUCCAUGGCAAGGGGUGGGUUGGGUUUGGGGUUUCCUGGUUUUCUUGCAGAUUAUUUAUUGCUCAGCAGUGCUGAGGCUGCUGGCGAGGCGGGCUUUGCUCCCUCUCCCCAGAGCUGUGGAUGAAGCGCUGCUGUGGGUCCAGGCACACCCAGCCUGGGCAUGGGGGGUGCCUUUUGCUCCCUGUUUGGAACCAGAAAUGACUAAAGACCAAAGGAACUGGUACCUGAAACAUUACUGGGUUUCCAAACUGUCCAGGCGGUGCUUUCCCACGUUGUGCUGAGGUUUGUUCAUAGGGCAGCUCCCUGGUCCCUUGUGCUACUGCAGCUGAGCAGCUUCUCUGGCUGUAAUCAUCAAAUAGGGUUAGUGAAAUACUUCAUGUGUUCCUUCAUCUGUAGGGUUUUCAGUCAUAAAUAAAGCAAUUCCUUCUACCAGAGAGAUAAAAAAUGGUAGGGGCGUUAUGUGCCACCUGCACUGAGACCUGAGCUGGAUUUGCCAUUCCCUCCUGGAAUUGUUGAGCUCUGGAUAUCCAUGUUUUUGUAGUAAGUGACUGGUUUGCUUCAUCUUGCAUGUUAUAUAAACUGGUCUAAAUCAGCAACCAAUAAAUUAUGGCAACAGAA